AUGGCAACAUCGAAGCUCCAAGCACUCUGGAAUCAUCCAGCAGGACCUAAGACAAUUCAUUUCUGGGCUCCAACAUUCAAAUGGGGUAUAAGCAUUGCUAACAUUGCAGAUUUCCAGAAACCUCCAGAGAAUAUUUCAUAUCUUCAACAAAUUGCUGUGACAUGCACUGGAAUGAUAUGGUGUCGUUGUAGCACUGUAAUAAUUCCGGCACGAUUAUGGAUCUGA